ACGCGGGGCCGCUGGAGCGGCUGCGGGCGCCGCACGCCUACAGCGCGGAGGAGCUCGCGGCGCUGCUGCGGCUGGCCAGGGCGCAGGGCCUCGAGGCGGUGCCGCUCGUGCAGAGCUUCGGGCACAUGGAGUUCGUGCUCAAGCACCGGGAGUUCUCGCACCUGCGCGAGGUCAGCGCCUUCCCCAACGCCCUCAACCCGCACCGCGAGGAGUCCCGCCGCCUGCUCGCCGCCAUGAUCGACCAGGUCGUGGCGCUGCACGAGGAGCUGCGCUGGCUCCACAUCGGCUGCGACGAGGUCUACUACCUUGGUGAAGGAGAGGAGUCAAAGCAGUGGCUGCAGCACCAGGAGAACACGCCAGAGAAGCUGUGCUUGUCGCACAUAAAAGCAGUCGCAAGUUAUGUGGCCUCGUCCUACCCGACUGUGACGCCUAUUGUGUGGGAUGACAUGCUGAGAGGAAUUAGUGAGGAAGUGCUGUCAGAGUCUGGGGUCCCACAGCUUGUGGAGCCAAUGAUAUGGGACUAUGCAGCAGACCUAGACGUGGAGAGCAAAGUGCUUCUCAUAGAGAAGUAUCGUAGAUGUGGCUUCUCCAAGGUGUGGUUUGCCAGUGCCUUCAAAGGAGCUACAGGAGUGAAUCAGUCUCUGACUUUUAUAGGACAUCAUUUAAAAAACCAUCUUCAGUGGCUGAAGGUGGUAAGUAACACCCCUGCUGACGUGAUCCAAGGUAUUGCACUGACUGGCUGGCAAAGGUACGAUCACUUCUCUGUUUUGUGUGAGCUCUUCCCUGUGGGCAUUCCAUCAUUGGCUGUUUGCCUGCAGGCACUAAAGAACGGUGGUUAUUCCGAAAAGGUUAAAGAAAAUGUGGAAAAGCUCCUGGGAAUGUCUAAUCUGGAAGUUGAUACUUUCAUGAGCACAAGUUCGGGGACCUUUCCGGGGAGCAACAUCCUCGCACUUGUGACACAAAUUAGUUUCUACCUCAGAUCAUCAGUGGAUGAACUUCUCGAAAGGAACAGGUAUGUCACAGGCUGGUUCAGUCCUUACCACCGAAAGAGGAAAAUUGUUCAUCCUAUCAUAAUGCACCACUUUCAGCCAGAUGCAAUAAGUCUUCUAUCCAAGUGGAACGCUGUGGUGCAGGAUCUCCAAGCAGCCAUGGAGCAAGUUUUCCACAAGUGCACUAUAGAUGAGUGGAUGGAGGAAAAUGUCCACCCCAGCCUACAAAAGCUACAACAACUGGUAGAUGAUUUAGAUGAGGCAAUAAAAGCUCAAGAGUAGGAGUGUUCUAACUGCAGCCUGUCUUACUCUGUUGGGAUCUGAGCUAGUGGGAAUCUGCAGCUAAUCCAUAUUUGUCAUUUGAAGAAUUUAAGCAACAACUGUCAUUAAAUGAAGAUGAUCUGAAAGCAGAAGAGAAUGUUAACGUAAUAGGCUUCAAAUCCAAUUUUUACUUCCUCUAACACUGAGUCUUAAGUCACCUGCCCUGUAAAUAAUCCAGAUUGCUCCCCUAUGUAAUAGCAAUACCAACAGUUGAUACCAAUAGUUAAGAUAACUUUAAGGAAAAACUGCCUUCACACACUGCUUAUAUUAUUUUACUAAACUUAAGCCAAGCAUAGUUUCACGCCCACAGAAAAGCACCCUCCAACAGACUUAAGGCUGACUUAGCUAUGCAAAAUCUGACGGGAGCUGCAGCUUCUUCCAUCUUUGAAGCAAAUCUAAAGUCUACUGAAUUUCAAGGAAAAAAAAAUGCUAAGUUUCAUUCUGUUUUCAUGUUGAACACUUAAUGAUCUAUAGCAAUACCAUUCAGACAAUCACUGCAAGGGUAAGUAAGUCUUGUCUGUUUUAUUUCUUGCUUUCCUGAAAGUCUAU